AUGGCUAUGAGGCCAAGAACACCUAGAACACAACCUUCAGUUCGUCCUGAAUAUGAAAAGUUCAACCCCAAGUCAGAGAUUAAGGAAACAGACGAAGCAUACGUUCUUCAUAUUUACCUUCCUGGUUUUGUCAAGGAGAUGAUAAAGAUCAAUUUUGUAACAGCUUCCCGAACACUGAGGGUUGUAGGAGAACGACCAAUUAAUGCAAAUAGAAUGAGCCAUUUCGAGCAAACACAUACUGUUCCAGAAAAUUGUGAGGCAGAGAAACUUCUGGGCAAGUUUGAGUAUGGAACUCUCACUAUUACAAUGCCAAAGAAGUCCAUAAUGUCACCUAAAGCACAAAUUGAAACCACAACAAAAAAGGGUCCAACACCAAUUAGUCCUUCAAGGAAAACUGUGCCUGAUAUGCGUCCAAAACCUCCAACUACUAGAAUGCAACAAGAGGAAGAACCUAUUAGAGACAAGAGAAGACCCCAAUAUAAUGUUACAAAGGAAACUAUGCUAAAAGCCACACCCCCAAGAGAUCAAAUGGGUAAGUCUCAAAAGGGUCAAGAGGAAAUUGAGCCAAAACCCACAUCAACAAUAGAAGAUAAGCGUGAAGAGGAGAUGAGGAAAAAGGCCAUAUCAUAUAUAGAAACAAUCAAAAGGAAAAUACAUGACACUGAUGAGAAGAAAAAUGAAGUUAAAGAAGAUGGGAAGCCUUAUGAGGCCAAAAUGCCCGAGAAAUACAUUGAUCACAAUAUGGUUUUGCAAGGAAAAGAAAUAAAGGCAAGAAAGUCACCGAAGGAAGCUGAGUCAUCAUACGCUCCAAAAGCUCAAGAGAAGGGAAAAGAAACCAUUGACAAAGCAAAGGUUGAAGAGGAUGAAAUGUACACAAUAGGGAAGGGAAUCAAAGAAGUGGCUGCUUCAGCUUCAGAGGUUGUCACAAGAAUAGGAGAAGGAAAUUUGAAUGAGGAAGAAAAGCCUUUAGUUGCAAACAUGGGUGCUGCAGUUCUUGUAAUUGUGGCACUAGGAUCUUAUUUGACCUAUAAGUUUAUCUCUUCUGGCAAAGCCUAA